GAACAAUCAACAACUAUGCAACUACCUAAUAAUGCUUAAUGCUUAUAGUUUCAAUAAAGUAUGAUCAAUUAUUAGUUUUUUGUGAUCGUGUCAUAUUAUUGUUAAUGAAUACUGUGUUUAUUAAUCUGUUGUACAUUUAUUCAUAUUUUUACUUUAAUCUUCUUAGACCGCGAUAGUUUUGUUAGUAAAUUGUUUUGUUUUGCAAAUUUAAAACCUCCAAAAGCGUUAUGAGUUCCCAACUGGAAAAAGUAACUGAAGACAUUGAUAUAGCGGUUGAUUUACUUAAUUUACUGAAAUCUAGAUAUUUUUUCUUGCGUGCUAAAUAUGAUAUUGACAUUAACUCUCAAACGGCAUAUGCAUCUAAAGAUAUUCAAUCAGAAUAUCAGUAUGCUUCUAAUGAUCUUCAAUCUUUUAUCAUGCUGGAACUUCACCUUUUAGAAUAUGCAUGUACUUAUGGUAUUUAUUCCAUGAAUAUGUAUGCAACUCGUCUAAAAACCAAUUUAAAUCACAAUGACAAAGACCAUUAUUUUUUAAAACUUCUUAAAGAUCAUUUACGGACCUUAAUCGAAACUAAUAAAGAAAUUAAAAAUCUUUCUGUUAAUCCUUAUGAUAGCUUUACUUCAUACAUAAAUUCAUUCAAGGUAUAUGCAAAUGUUUUGAAUAGUGUUGAUGUGUCAAACAUCUCUCUACUGAAUGAAACUGAUACCAACAAGAAAAAGAAUAAACUGAUGAAGAAAAUUUCAAAAAUCAAUCUUAUGGCAAAUAUUAUUACGCUAUUUGUAUCUGACAAUAUUACAGACUAUAAAACUGAAGACGGGCGGGCUGCUUUGAAUAUUUGUUUAAAGUACAGAACUACUAGAAACAUAGAAUAUUAUACAAAAAAAUGUAAUUCAAAUUAAUAAAAACGUUUUAAUAGUUUUGGUUUAUAUAUAAUAUAAAGAUUAUUUUUAUGUGUUAGGUACAAAUCCAUAAAAUCAACCAAAUGUAUUUUUUUUUAAAUUUUUUUUUACAUAUCUAUUUUAUUUAAUUGAAGUUAGUCAUAUUUAUAAAAUUUAAUAACAUAAUCAAUAUUAUCAAUAACUACUAGCACCUAAUUAUUUUAAUUGUAAUAUAAACUGUACAAUAUACCUGUUAUUACAAUAUAAUGUAAGCAAACUUACAAAAAUCUAAGGUAACCUUAGUUUUUAAACUGCUAUCUGCUAUUGUUAUUUAUUUUACGCUUAUUGAUUUAUCAAU